ACGGGUCCCGCCAGCCCACCGCUCUCGAGCUCGAGAUCGCCGAGCUCCAGGGCAAGGGCUUCUACUCCCAAGUCUCCAAGGUCUCCUUCGCGUGACUACAUGAUGGUGCGCAGGACAAGCAGGCCACAGAGGGAGCCACUACACAAGACACCUCCUCCGCAGCAGCAGCACCCGCCGCCGCGAAGAAGACAGAGGCAUCCGGUCCCCAGGAGAAGACGUCCGAGAAGGACGACGAGGGUCCCUGUGGAUUGCCCAAAAAGUGCGAGGUCAUGUGAGGCGCCUCUCUGUUCAAUGUGUAGUCUCUCUUUUCCCACUUGUUAUAAAACCCGAGCGUGAGAUUCCCUUUUUAUACCUUUACAUAUAAUGAGAUAAAGCCAGCCAAUGAAACUAAAGAUUUCUAUUAUUCCAACCAUUAUGACCAUCGAUCUUUGC